AUGAGAGCACAAAUUCAAGAAAUGCAACAAAAAUUCAUGGCUGAAUUGCGUAAAAAAGAAGAUCAAUUGAAGGAAAUGUCCACAAAAAAAACUGGCAGUCCCCAACAAAGAUCCAUGGUCAAGAGAAUCAAACAAAAAUCAAGAAAACAAGCACAUGACCCAGAUUUUGAAAACCAACCAAUGACCAAACCUAAAGAAGAUGCAAGAAACAAAACACAAAUUGCUGCUGAUGUACCCAAACCAACACAGGGUACCGAUGAAGAAAAAGAGAAGAAGAAUGACAACAAAAAAGAGGGUGCUCAUGAUGCAAAACAACAGCAGAAAGAAAAGAUGCAAGAACAUAUUGGCCAAGAGAAAGCAGUUGCUGCUGAAACAAACCCAAAAGAGCAUGCCAAUCAAAAGAAGACAAAACUUCAAGUAUUGGAAAGUGAUAAUGAUUUCCAGGAAGAAUCAAUCCCAAACAAGCCACUCGCCAUUUCAUGCCGCAAAACAAACAAGGUUUGGCAUAGCCUAUCCAAAAAAGACCAAGACCAAAUUCAACUCAUCAACAACACACAAUCAACUGCUUGUGUCUGGUCUGGCAGCGAAGAUAAAAACUGCGUAUACUUUUCAGAUAUAUGCAGAUUGACCAACAGGGAACCCUUAUAUGGGAAUGUCAUUGAUGCCUUCUCAGAAAAGCAAUUGGCACUCCAACCAACCAUUGAAGAAUUUGAGAAAAACGAUCUAGUCUUUGCAAGCAAUCCAUACGCAGGAAGAUCUUACGUUUUCUCAACACUCAUCAAUGUAAGCAAAACUUAA